AUGUUCAAAGGUCAAUUGAGAACAGCAACUGCUAGAUCAAGCUUUAGAUCUUUAGCUAGCAAGCUAAACCCCCAGAGAUUCAAUUCUUCAAAGACUCCACUUCUCAAUGCUACAAGGGGUUCAAAUCGUUCCAAAAAUUCAUUAAUCGCAUUAGCCAUCUCUUUAUCAGCUGUUUCAUCUUCUUAUUAUCUAUACCAAAAGGACAAAUUCAUUAGUGCAGAUGUUCCUCAUUGGAAAGAUAUAGAACUAACACCAGAAAUUGUUUCUCAGCAUAACAAAAAAGAUGAUCUAUGGGUUGUCUUGAACGGUCAAGUUUAUGACUUAACAGAUUUCUUGCCAAAUCAUCCAGGUGGUCAAAAAAUCAUUAUUAGAUAUGCUGGUAAAGAUGCUACAAAGAUUUUUGUACCAAUUCAUCCACCUGAUACUAUUGAAAAAUUUAUCCCACCUGAAAAGCAUCUUGGUCCAUUAGUUGGUGAGUUUGAACAGGAAGAAGAAGAAUUGAGUGAUGAAGAAAUUGAUAGAUUGGAAAGAAUCGAAAGAAAACCACCAUUAUCUCAAAUGAUAAACCUUCAUGAUUUUGAAACUAUCGCAAGACAAAUCUUACCACCACCUGCAUUAGCUUAUUACUGUUCCGCUGCAGACGAUGAAGUCACACUGAGAGAAAAUCAUAAUGCUUAUCAUAGAAUCUUUUUCAAUCCAAAAAUCUUGAUUGAUGUUAAAGAUGUUGAUAUUUCUACUGAAUUCUUUGGUGAAAAGACAUCAGCACCAUUUUAUAUAUCUGCCACUGCAUUGGCGAAAUUGGGCCAUCCAGAAGGUGAAGUCGCUAUUGCAAAAGGUGCAGGUCGUGAAGAUGUCGUCCAAAUGAUUUCUACAUUAGCUUCAUGUUCAUUUGAUGAAAUUGCCGAUGCAAGAAUCCCAGGCCAACAACAAUGGUAUCAAUUGUAUGUUAAUGCAGAUAGAUCAAUCACUGAGAAAGCUGUGAGACACGCAGAGGAAAGAGGUAUGAAAGGUUUAUUCAUAACAGUUGAUGCGCCAUCUUUGGGACGUCGUGAAAAAGAUAUGAAGAUGAAGUUUGAAGCUGAUAGUGAUGUCCAAGGUGAUGAUGAAGAUAUUGAUAGAAGUCAAGGUGCUUCUCGUGCUCUUAGCUCCUUUAUUGAUCCUUCUUUAUCUUGGAAAGAUAUCGCUUUUAUUAAAUCAAUUACCAAGAUGCCUAUUGUUAUUAAAGGUGUUCAAAGAAAAGAAGAUGUGUUACUCGCUGCUGAACACGGAUUACAAGGUGUUGUCUUAUCAAACCAUGGUGGUCGUCAAUUAGAUUACACUAGAGCCCCAGUGGAAGUUUUAGCUGAAGUUAUGCCAAUCUUGAAAGAAAGAGGCUUGGAUCAAAAAAUUGAUAUCUUUGUUGAUGGUGGUGUUAGAAGAGGUACUGAUGUCUUGAAAGCUUUGUGUCUUGGUGCUAAAGGUGUUGGUUUGGGUAGACCUUUCUUGUAUGCAAUGAGCUCAUAUGGUGAUAAAGGUGUUACUAAAGCGAUUCAAUUAUUAAAAGAUGAAAUUGAAAUGAAUAUGAGAUUAUUAGGUGUGAAUAAAAUUGAAGAAUUGACUCCUGAAUUAUUGGAUACUAGAAGUAUUCACAACAGAGCCGUUCCAGUUGCUAAAGAUUAUCUAUAUGAACAAAAUUAUCAAAGAAUGAGUGGUGCUGAAUUUAGACCAGGUAUAGAGGAUUGA